UUACAGAUUGGAUAAUAAUCAGCUGACAGAUAGUUCCUGCCCCCACCUGGCAUCUGGAAUAAGAAAUAACCCGACAUGAGGACACUGGACCUGUCCUGGAGCAAUCUGGAGGGUCCUCAUUUCAGGGAUCUGAUGGCGGCUCUGACAACAAGCCGGAUAGAGGAAUUACUAUUGUCCUCUAAUCACCUGACAGACAGUUCCUGCCCCCACCUGGCAUCUGGAAUAAGAAAUAACCCAAACACUGAGGAAAACUGGACCUGUCUGGGAACAAGCUGGGGGGUCCUCAUUUCGGGGAUCUGAUGGCGGCUCUGACAACAAGCCGGAUAGAGGAAUUACGGUGAGUAUAACAGGACUGACUGAGACAA